AUGUCCGGUUUCUCUGCCACCUCGGCCACAUAUCCACACGAUGAAAAGACCGAGGAUAACGACGAGGAAGAUGACGACCGCCCGAAGGUUGUAGACACCGACCCGACUGGUCGAUUUGAACGGUUCGAAGAGUCGUUGGGCGUCGGUGCCUAUAAAGAGGUCUAUAAAGCGUUCGACCAAGAAGAAGGUGUCGAGGUGGCAUGGUGUCAAUUAAAGUUGCACUUUUCAAAGAAAAAAGACGCGGAAAAGAUUCAACGAGAAAUUGAGAUUUUACAGUCACUUCGCUGCGAAAAUAUUAUAAAUUUUUAUGCGUCUUGGUUGAAGAAAGGCCCUGACGGCAAAGAACGAGUUUUCUUUGUUACAGAGCUGAUGACCUCGGGCACCCUGAAACAGUAUCUACGCAAGACCAAGGGUCAGCUUAAGCCCAAAGUACUGAAAACUUGGGCGAGACAGAUCCUCAAAGGACUUGAUUAUUUGCAUACGCGUGAACCCCCGAUCAUUCAUCGAGAUUUGAAGUGCGAUAAUAUUUUCAUCAAUGGAAAUAACGGUCAAGCAAAGAUCGGCGAUCUCGGUUUGGCUAUCAUAAAAAGCAAGGAGCAUGCGUCAUCGGUACUUGGAACGCCCGAAUUCAUGGCUCCCGAACUAUACGAGGAGAAAUACAAUGAAAAAGUGGAUAUCUACGCUUUCGGUAUGUGUAUACUCGAGCUAGUCACCAAAGAGUAUCCGUACACCGAGUGUACGAACCAAGCACAAAUUUAUCGAAAGGUCACCACGGGGAUAAAACCGCAGGCACUGCAAAAAGUUCAGGAUCCUGCGACGCUAGAAUUUAUAGAAUUAUGUUUAAGGUAUAAUCCAGAUGAACGGCCGUCAGCUGGAGAGUUGUUGAAACAUGAAUUUUUGAAAGAGGCGUGUGUUGAUCAACAGCAACCACGGCAGAAUGGAGGCGGUGUCAGCAGUGGUACAGUUCCGCAACCUGUUACUGUGUCUCCGCCUAAAUCUCCAAUAUUGCAACAAGCAGGCUCUACGCCUGUUGAACCUCGGUCACAAGAAAAAACUAAUUUACUCUCGUUACCAUUCACCUUGACAAAGACAAUAGACUCUGAGAAUAAAACAUAUCAGGUCAGUUCUGCAACAUUUCCACCGUCAUCGUCUUCCACUGCUACUAUUAAUAACAAUAAUAAAAACGAGGAGCAUGUUCGAUCAACAGCAACCACAUCAGAUAACCAAACAUUGUUUCGACGGACACCAAUGCAAUGUAACGUUGUAAUAUAUGAACCAACUGAAAAAGAAAGACAGUCAAACAAAUUUAAACCUGCGGAGAACGAAGUCCUGCUCGCCAUGACAAUUGUCGUGCCUGAUCGUACAGAUGUAGAAAUAAAGUUUCCGUUUAAUUUACAUGAUGACACACCCGAAGAUGUCGUGGCAGAAAUGGUUAGAGAGCAAAUUCUGAGUCAGGAAGGGCAUGAUUUGGCAAAGAAAAAUAUUGAGGAUAUUGUGAACAAGAUUUUGUCGGGUGAAGUUUCGAUUCCGACACAAUCGAUGGAUGAUUUUGAAGAUUUGAAUGGCAGUACAAGAGGAUCGAGGCCUCCAUCUGUCAUCAGGAGUGAUUAUGAUAGUUCUCAUGAAACUGACGAUGAAUUCAAAGUAAAACUGCCGGCUUCUAGAUCUAUUGAAGAUUUAUCUUCAAGUUUUCAUUCUGAAAUUUCAUCGUCUUCUGAAAAUGUGAAUGGAAUGCAGCCAUGUUUUGAUAAGGAUAUGUAUUCAUCUCUGGAGAGUUUAACUCGUGCCUCAUCUGCCAGAACAUCAUGGGAACGGGAGGAUAACGAAGUUCGACAAGUUUUACAUAAAGAAUUAACGAAAAACACAGCCACAAUUGUUGAUUCGACUGACGAGCCGAUUGCUGCUAAAGUGCCAUCACUUCCCAUAGACACACAGUCAACACUUGAUCUUGUUGGAAGUCCUCCUUCAAGUUUUACUACAUCGACUAUUGCGAACGCACGAUCUUCACAAAAAUCAUCAAGGACACGUUCUGCUUCACUUUCAGUGUUGACAAUUUGUAACGGUGCGACUCCAUUAUCUCCUUCCCUCGCUCGAUCUGGUCCCACUACACCCUAUCAAGGGCCUACAACAUAUGAAGGAUCUUCUACUUGCACGGAAAAUCUUCACCAACUUCCAUCAGAACUUCACGUUAAUGACUUGAAGAUGCCACCUCCCAAGAAUACAUUCUCCCGUCCAUCUUCAGUGGCAUCUGAUGCUAACGGACUAUGGAACAACAGCAAUCAACCGCCAAUCCAUAAUCCUAAUCAAAUUUUAACACAUUCACAAACACCAUCGAUAAUUGAGUCACAAAAUAACAUUCCUCCCACUUCACCAAAUAUAUCCUUUUACAAUCCUGAAUCUCCAAGAUCUAAUUACGGUAGAAGCGUCAGUUUUUCUGGAUCACAUUCUCCCAGUGCACCUCUAACAAAGUUGCAAGAUUGGCAACGAAGAAUGUCGAAUCCUGUCUCGUCAUCCACUCCUAUACAACCAGAUAUUUCAUCUAGUCUAACGAAUGGUUAUUUAAUAAACUCAACAACAAAUGUAGAACGAGUAAGAAGAUCUUCGGUAUCUUCUACAACUUCACAUUCAUCUGCACAUUCUGCAACAAACGAAGUUGUAUCAGAACUAAUUGUUGAUUCUCGUGCCCAAAACUCGCAACAAUCAAACUCGCUCCAACGACAAGAAUAUAUACAAAAAUUAUUGAUAAGUAGCCAGCAAAAACAAGAAGAGAUAACUUUAAGUUCUGAUCUGGGUGCAGGUCUGGGAAUACAAACUGAGCAUGGGUACACAUCUAAAUACCGACAUGGGACAUCAAAUAGUUCUACAAAUUCAUACUUCCCGUUAGUUCCUGCCGUUCUGCCGGGCGCAACAAGCAUUUCGAGUUCUGCAACUGUUUCACCCACAGAGAAUUAUCCUCCACAUGGUUUACCAGAACCUCAACAUCAUUAUCAAUCAUCUUUUGGCCCAAGCUAUGAAACAAUCUCAUGCGAUGACGCAAGUGAUGAUGAGGACGUAGCAGCUCAAUCAGCUCUUCGAAUAAGACAGGAACGCGAAACCGCUGAGCUACAAAAGAAACAUGCUAAUGAAUGGAUGCAGUUAAUGAACGAAAGAAAACAAAAAUAUAAACAUCAAUCUAAAAACAGCGGUAAUGUUUCAAAAUCACCAGCAAGUUCACCGAAAAUGAAUCGUCCAUCCAUCGAAAAUAAUAAUACACAUAUAAAUGGCUUAUCUUCCUCGACAUCAACACCUUCAUUAGGACCUCAAAUAACAUCAACAUCCAUAGAAAACACUGCUGGAUUGAAUGGUCGUCAACAAACAACAACAGCAACUUAUUCGAUGCAUUCAUCAACUUCAUCACCCAAUACACUCACUUUACCUUCUUCCUCCCAUUCUAAUUCAACGAAAAGCCAAACGUCGUCCACCCCAUUAUUGCCAGCAGCAAUUUCCUCUUCACAUUCACAAUCAUCAUCUAUUUCACUGCCAUCUACUUUAACAGCCGCUGGUGCUGUCUCGAAUAAUCCUUUAUCAGCGUCAGUCACAUCAAAGAUUUCAUCAUUGUCAAUAACAACAUCCCAAACUGUGUCGCCAUAUCAGCAACAAGAUACAAUUCCAUCAUCUGCCUCGGUUAUUACUGCCGCUGUUGUUACUACCGCUAUCACUACAACUAAUACUCUCCCACCACGAAGCCUUACUCCAAGUACCCUAAAAUCACAUCCUGAUGGCCUCAUCGCUGAAAUGUCCGAACGACAGCUUGCUGAAUUGCAAAAUUCAGCGCAUUCUCAAAAACUUAACGGUCAGGCUAAAUCCAGCAGCUUGGUAAAUGGCACAGCAACAUAUGCGUCAGUGGUUGCUAAUUCAAAAACACAGUCGGGUCGUGAGUCGCCGGUUGACCUGUCUACAAGUAGACAUUGUUCUCAGACGCUGAUACAAAUUCCUAAUCAAUUCCAAUCUAAUAUUAGUAGCAAUUGUAAUAAUAAUAAUGGGAUAAAGCUAAGCUUGAAUGAAAUGGAGAAACAAAAACGACUUAUGUCUCAGAAUAUUAUCUCCUCGUCGAAGGCAACAAUAAAUAAUCAGGCUUCACAAACAGUGGUUUCUGCUUCACUGUCCAAUGCGCUCUAUUCUCCGGUACACCAUCAACAGCAACAAAACCACUCGAUAAACAAACGGACGGGAUUAGGAAUAAAAUCACACGAGGCGUCAUCAUCGCUGCCAAACAAGUCACACAAUCAAAGCGAACAAGAUUUGUUGGGAUAA